UCACUGUGGAUUAUUAUUGGAGAAUUAUCUUUUUUUAUUGUAGCUCUUGUAUCUCUGAUUUUAAUUUACUGCUGCAUAACUGCAUAUUUUUUAAAUGGAGGGGCAGGGCAAACAGAUUGGAGGCUUGGCACUGGUCAUGAUGGGGGUUUUGGGAGUGUGUUUAGUGUGUGGACUGCCAAUGUGGCGCGAGACAUCUUUUGUGGGAGCAAAUGUUGUGACUGCACAAUCGGUGUGGGACGGCCUGUGGUUACACUGCGUCCUUCAGGCCACAGGUCAGAUACAGUGCAAGACACACACAACAUCCAUCACUAUGACCCCUGACAUCCAGGCUGGGCGUGCCCUCACAUUGCUCUCCAUUGUCGCCGGCCUCCUUGGCUUCAUUGUCACCCUCAUCGGAGGAGGCGUAGCCAACUGUAGUGACGAUCCACCUGAGCCCUUAGAGCCUCCGACCACCUCUUCCUCAAGAAAGAAGGUGCUAAAUUUGUUCAAGGCAUCUCUGCUGGGUGGAGCUCUGUGUGUCCUAGCUGGCAUCCUGUGUCUGGUUUCGGUCAGUUGGUCAGCAGCAGCAACCAUCUCACUCUACAACGACCCCCUGGUGGUUGCGGCCCUGAAGAGAGAGGUGGGCUCCUCCAUCUACAUAGGUUGGGCCUCCUCUCUGCUGCUCCUGCUCAGCGGUGCUCUGAUGUGUAUAGUCUGUGGGGAGAGGGAGAGAUCCCAAUCUCUGAACUACUCCUACACGCCGUACAGCAUCAACUCAUUCAGUGACGGCUCAUCCCGUAUGGGCAGUCUAAGGUCUGAUUUCAUAAGAUCAGACAGCUCCAGGAGGUUUGAUCGUCAUACACCAAGUUGGAUGGGCAUGUACUCCAAGCGUCCCUGA